AAAUUUAAACAAACAAAUCUUAAAUAUUUGAGCCCAACCUUGGCGGCAUUCGUAUGUUCUUAUUGGAACGUGAUAAAUUUAUCGCUUUCGACUCCAAGCUGGUCACACUGAUUUAUAAACAGCUGAUAGGCAUUCGCAUGUUUUACAUGUUGUCAAUCACUUGGAUACAAACACAAACCGUAAUAAUACAAUCUUUUGUAAAAUAAACAUUUAUAAUGCGCACAGUUCUGUUGAGCAAAUCCGAUCAGCUAUACCUGGAGAAGUGCGCGCAGGAGCAUAGCUUCUCGUAUGGCAUAAUAAUUGGACACCAAGCUGAUCUCACCAAAAGCAUUGUUGUGCACUUAGCACGGAAUAGCGAGGAGGACGCCGACUUGGAGGACUUAAAUGAUGUACGAUUAACAAUUCGAGACAUAAAUUCCCAGGCGUUGGCCUCUCAAUGGCUCAGCGCCAGUAAAAUGUGCCCCGGCUCCUUUGAUGUUCUAGGCAUAUUUGUAUCCUCUGUGCAUCCCGAGGUCUCAAAGGACAACAAUGAGGAACUAAAGAAUGCCAAGAAACUAUUUUCCGAUGUUUACGAUUUGUUACUUAAGAGUAACAGCUCGUUCGGAGUUUACACCACUGACGUGGCACAGACGGAUUAUGUGUUUUUAUCCUACUGUUUAAGCAACCGGAGUCUCAUUUGCAAGAAUUACACCUAUGGAAACGGCGGUACUUUCUCGACAAUGGAGCAUCGCUUUGUAGAGAAGCCCUUUGAGUGGAUACAGUUAGAAUGCAAUUAUGAUCUGGACGAUGUCAUACCGAUUCUCGAUCCUGCGAGGCGCAUUAACAUAGAAGAACAAUUUCAAAACAUAAUAUUCACAGUGCGUAAAUAUCUAAUUGCCAGCGAGGUGUUCAUCCAAAAUGAAAUCGUCGAGGAUACCAUCGAUCUGCAGACCUACAUGAAGAAUAAAAAUCUCAACGACGAUAAGCGCAAAUCUACUUCGAGCAGCAGCAGCACUACAUCCGUUACUCCCACAGCAGCAAUGCGGUCUUCGGCAAUGCAUCUUCUUGCGGCCAACGAAGCCGGGAAUGGAAAUGUAAUCCGCGCAAGCAUUGUGCUGCCCCUCAAGUGUCAAUUGAAUAACCAAAGCGACAUCAAGGUUCGCGAGUACAAUGGAACUUUACGGAUGAGCGGGAUUAUAUUUUCUCGCAUCUACUGCAAUUCCAGAAACAGCAUUGCAGACUUGAAGCGCUUUCUGCGUGAUGACGUACUGCGCUCACUCAUUACACGAAUUCAAGUCUAUUGCGACGGUCUUACCGAUCCGCACGUCACUAACGAAGCACUGUACAUAAGCGAGCCACCGCGGCGUGUUUUCUUUAGUCUGCCCACAGAGGGUGGCAAAGGCAACGCGACGAGCAGUGCAGUUCAGUUCUCGGAGUAUUUGUUUCGAGGAGAAGCCCCCACAGUAGCCGUUGCCCAAGCGAAACAAAUACUCGACGUUGAGCUUGACCCGGAGACUAUUUCUUUAGACGCUGAAGGACUGCCGGAUGACAAUUUUACAAAUAGUCAGCCAGAUACGGAAACAACAGAGGAUACACAUAGUCUAACAAGCUCAAUGCCAAAGCGGGAGCUAUCGCGAAGUCUUUACAUGGUUGGCAUUGCAGUUGCUCUAUUAGUCCUGCUUGCCUCAAUGGCAUUGCAUUAUGCGAUGACCGGAUAGUGGCAAUAUGCAGCUGAGCUGCUCCUUCUUAUUUCGCUUACAAACAACAAUUUGACUUGUUGCUACACCUGCAAAUGCAGAUAACUUCUACUUGUGAUUAUUUGUUUUUUUAUUACCUUUAUACAUAUAAACAAUCGUGUAUUUAUACUCGUAUUAAGGAGAAGUUUUAACGUGUCACGUUAUAUUGUUGUCUUGAGUAGAAAAGGUCCCGAACGUGCUGCAUUUAAUACCUACUUAUAUAUAUAAUAAACUAAAAUGAUGAUAUUUGCACGAG